GGCAUUAUCAAAUCUAGACCAUUCAUAUGAGAGAGCAUAAAAUAGUAUACUUGGCCCGAGAAAAAGAAAAAGCUUAAAACAGUUGCUCACUGUGUACCUGCAAACUGAAAAUGGCAGCAAGUAUAUUAUCACCAAAUCCACAUCUUCUAUGUUCUGUUUCUCUUCAUUCAAAGCUUAGCUUCAGAGAGGUGGGGCGGCAGCAGCCGUCAUCAUGGCCGAGGACAGCUACAAAACCCAAGAGACAAGCCGUGGUUGGUGUCUCUAUUCAGGAACCUCUCGUAUCUGCUCUUGUGGAAAACAUCAACAAUUACCAUCACAACUUCGAUCUAUUUUAUGUACUGGCAGACACUGCCGUGGGCUAUUCUUUAGCUAGCUACUACACUUCUCUUGGUUUAUUUGUCAUCUCUGUUCCUGGCCUCUGGUCUCUCAUCAAACGCUCGGUAAAAUCCAAGAUAGUGCAAAAGACAUUUGUAGGAGGAGGGAUAAAUAAGAAGGCGCCGAAUCAGGUUGCGGGAGAGAUCUUAUCUUUCUUUACUCUCAAUAAUUUUGUGGUCACCGAUAGAGGAGAGACUAUAACGUUUGAAGGCAUGAUGGUUCCAAGCCGAGGCCAAGCAGCAUUGCUCACAUUCUGCACUUGCAUUAGCCUGGCAAGUGUUGCCCUUGUGCUUACCAUAACCUAUCCGGACAUUGGCAACAAUUGGUUCUGGAUCACUGCCCUCAGUCCAUUAGCGGGAACAUAUUACUGGAAAAGAGCAUCAAGAAAAGAGCAGAUUAAGGUUAAAUUGAUGGUUGCAGACGAUGGUACCCUCUCAGAGAUCCUCGUCCAAGGAGAUGACCAACAAGUAGACCAAAUGAGGAAAGAGCUUCAGCUCAGUGAAAAGGGCAUGGUAUAUGUUAAGGGCAUCUUUGAGAGAUGAUACAGUACAGAGAUGAAAAGAUUAUUCAAAUUUUCAGUUGGGCUUGUGCUAUGCAAUCCUAAUAUGAUGUUACAAGGGAGCAUUAACAGAAACAGGUAUUAUUGGUGUCCUUCUAAUGGAGAUGAGCAUCGAACCAGGAUUGUUUGUGUUUUGUAUUCCCUGGAAAUUUUGAGAUGCAUAUGCUAUUAAAUAGAGCGUGAUUUUUGGCUCUUUCUAACCUGAAAAUGUUUCAAAUCUUACAAAUUGAUUAUAUCAUUGACUUGAA